AUGGAAUAUCGCAUCUUGAUCAAACAUUGUUUUUUGAUGGGAAAAACUUCUGAACAAUCAUUGCAAUGGUUGCAGAAAUGUUAUCCCACAUCUGUUCCUUCGAGAACAACAGUUUAUCAGUGGUUUAGUGAAUUUAAAAUGGGUCGUACAAGCACCGAAGACGCACCUCGCUCUGGAAGGCCAAAAGAGGCUACGAAUGCGGAAAUCAUAAAGCAAGUGCAUCGAAUCGUUUUGAGUGAUCGUAAAGUGAAGUUGCGCGAGUUAGCUGAAGCCGUGGGCAUCUCAAAAGAACGGGCGGGAUACAUUUUGCACGAUCUUUUGGAGAUGAAAAAGCUAUCUGCGCGAUGGGUGCCGCGUUUGCUGACCGUCGACCAAAAACAGCAGCGCGUUGAUGAUUCAACGGCCGGUUUGGCGUUGUUGCAGCGUAAUCGAGCGGACUUUUUUCGAUGUUUUGUGACAAUGGAUGAAACGUGGGUCCAUUACCAUACGCCUGAGUCCAAUAGGCAGUCUGCAGAGUGGCUGGAAAGCCACGAAAGCCGACCAAAGACACCAAAAAACCAACGCUCGACCGGGAAGGUUAUGGCCUCCGUUCUUUGGGAUGCGCAUGGCAUAAUCUUCAUCGAUUACCUUCAGAAGGGAAGAACAGUCACAGGAGAAUAUUGUGCAACGUUAUUGGACAAACUGAACGACGAAAUAAAGAAAAAACGGCUCCAUAUGGCGAAGAAAAAAGUUCUGUACCAUCACGAUAACGCACCGUCCUUGAAAGCAAUGGCCAAAUUAGACCAAUUUCAAUUCGAAUUGGUUGCUCACCAACCGUAUUCUCCAGACUUGGCCCCCAGCGACUAUAAUAUCUGUUCCCAAACCUCAAGCGGUGGCUCCAGGGAAAGAGAUUCAGAUCGAAUGAGGAAGUCAUCGCGGAAACCGAGGAGUAUUUCGAAGGCUUGGACGUUUCGUACUACAGAAAGGGCAUCAAAAUGUUGGAAAAUCGCUAUACCAAGUGUAUCGCCCUCGAAGGCAACUAUGUUGAGGAAUAAAUAUAACUUUGCCCAAAAAACGCUUGUUUUCAUUAAAAAUCCCGGGACUUUUCAGCCCAUGUAG